AUGUUACAUCCGUUUCUGGACGUUAGCAACCUCAAUCUCGUUCUUUCUGUUACAGGCCUUUACAUUCUCCUAUUUGGCUUCGUCUCCCUGAAGGUCAAACAAAGAUGGUACCUUGGUGAAGCCCUGCCUGCCUUCGUUGUUGGCAUCUGCUUUGGGCCAGCUGGUGCUAAGUUACUGAACGUUUCUCAAUGGGGAGGUGAUAGUGCCAACGAGACCAGCGAGAUAGCCUAUGGCUUGACCCGUCUCGUCAUUGGCGUUCAGUUAGUCAAAGUGGGAUAUGAACUACCCAAGAAAUACCUGAGGCAACGCAUGGUGGAGAUGAUCAUCUGUCUAUUACCAUUGAUGACCAUCUCAUGGCUCGCAACUUCUGCCUGCGUAAAGCUUGUGAUCCCGCACAUCUCCUUUCUCUCAGCACUCAUUAUCAGCGCUUGCGUAACAUGCACAGAUCCAGUCCUGUCUCAGGCGAUUGCGAAAGGCCCUUUUGCUGACAACUUCGUCCGCCGCCCACUACGAGAGUUCAUCUCCGCCGAAGCAGGUGGCAAUGACGGCUUCGGGUUUCCACUCCUGUUACUCGGAGUCUCGUUCUUGCGAUAUGCCGAAGCCCCAGCCAACACCCUCAGCUUGGAAGAGUUUGACCUGGAACGGGGAGUCCCAGAUGUUCUCGGGACAACUGGAGUCGGACGUUUCGGCGGCGGCGCAGGCGUGGCGCUCAAACACUGGGCUAUUGAAGGAGUUUUGUACAUGAUCCUAGUAGGUGCAGCCUACGGUGCAUUCAUAGGGUUCGUGUCCCAGAAGCUGCUGAAGAAAGCGGUCAAGCACAGGUGGAUUGAUCAUGAAAGCUUUACCCUUAUCCCAGCGGCAAUUGGAUUGCUCCUUGUUGGCACGUGUGGUUGUUUCGGCUCCGACGAGACACUCGCCUGCUUCGUCGCUGGGUGUGUAUUGAACUGGAAUGGUCUUUAUCACGAAGAGAUUCAAGCUCGACAUGAUUCGUUCAACUCGACGAUGGAGACCUUGCUGAAUUUCGCAGCGUUCAUGUUCCUGGGGGCGACCAUGCCGUGGGAAUAUUUCCAACGUCCCCAUGAUACGGGGAUAACACUCUGGCGGCUCUUUGUGUUGGGAUUCCUGAUCCUCGUGUUCCGUCGCAUUCCAGCUAUUCUGGUGGGAUAUCGCUUCAUGCCCAAGGUCUGCAGCGACUGGAAAGAGGCACUGUUCCUGGGGCACUUUGGGCCAAUUGGAAUCGGCGCAGUCUCAUACGUCGAGUACACUCGUCGGCUAUUCCCUCUCCCGGGACAAAGCGACGAGGAAAUCAACAGCAUGACAGCCGCGAUGGUACCAGUCGUCUACUGGCUAGUUCUAUUCUCCAUCGUAGUCCACGGUCUGUCAGUACCAGCUCUCAACGCCCUCUACAGCGUCUUCAAAGUACCCCGUAUCUGCGAUCACCCAGUCACCGUCGUCCUUCUCUCGGAGAACGAACCUCUCCCUAAUAACAGCACAAUGAAUCCCCAACGCCACUCGAUGGUCCUCAACAACCGGUUCUCACGGCCAUCAGAGAGCGAAAGCGACCAAGAACAGGAAGACAAAGAAGACACGGAAACCAUGCUUCGAUCGAGAGAAGAGAGUCCCGAUCGGAGUAUAGAGCGACUUUCAACGCAGUCCAGUCGGUCGAUUAGAACCGUGGAUAUGAGAGACCUGGUGUGA